AUGAUCCUGUACUCCAAGGCGUUCUGGGGCUACCAGGAGCUCCUCCGAUUCUAUGGCUCCGCGAUCCCCCGCAGCCUGCCCGCCGCCUUCCUCAGCGCCGUCGUCACGCUGCUGUUCGAGUUGCUCAGCGGCGACCAGGAGGAGAUGAAGCUGUGGUUCGGCAAGAUAAAGCCCUUCCCGUACCCCUUCCAAGUGUUCGCCUUCGUGGUGGGCUUCAUGCUGGUGUUCAGGGCCACGUUCUCCUACAGGAGAUAUUGGGAAGCAAGGACUGAACUUCAGAACAUGACGGCAUUCUACACCUCGGUCGUAAUGGAGACUCUAAAUUUCGACAUGGGGAGUCUGCCAGAAGGUGCUAGUCCACAGCAAGUGCAGAAAGCCAUCACAUUUGGGGAGACUUUCAUCCAUUACAUGAGCCUCCUCCACGCGGUUGGCGUGCAAAGCUUGCGCAAGGACUGGGACUUCUCCAACAUGGUCAAUCACGAUAUUCAAGAAGACCCACUUCCCUAUGACGCCAGCAAAAUCCUGGCAAAACACAUCAGGCAGACUGUUGGGCAGCCAGAGUGCGAUGAUGAUAAAUGCGCUCUGCCCUCUUGGUGGUGGCCCUUCACAACGUUCAUCAAGAGGUGUCAAAUCCAUUUUCAGUUUGCAGACUUUGUGUUUCUGAGGUCAUCCCGUAGGGUAAGGCUGGAGUACAACAGCCGGAUGAAGUUGCCUGUAGUGGGAGGCAUCUCAGAGGAUGAGGCCGUGGCCCUGGGUUCCAGGGUGGGGUAUGUUUCAAAGACAGGUGAAUCGAGGGGUGGUGUCUUGUCCAAUGGAAUCGUUGUGCCUGGUCCUGGCGAACGUGUGUCAGUUGUGGCAGCAUGGGUGAACCAAAUUCUGCAGGACCGAAGGCGCGAAGGCGGCCUGAGAGUCCACCCUGCCAUCAUGAGCCGGGUGUUUGCAUCACUGUCCAAUGGUCUGCAGGGAUAUGAACAAGCAAGGAAGCUCGUUGACACCCCAUUCCCAUUUCCUUGGUCGCAGUUUGUGACUGCCGUGCUGCUGGUGUUCGCCGUGACCCUCCCACUGGUCACGGCUGCGUUCAUCAGGAAUACCCCCCUGGCCGUUGUCAUCGCGUUCAUAUCCACGUGGGCGCAUUAUGCCCUGAACGAAGUGUCGCAGGACCUUGAGGACCCCUUCAUCUACGAACCCAACGACCUGCCCAUGGUGCAGCAGCAGUGGAUCUUCAACGAGAAGAUCCUGGCCCUGGCAAGGACAAAGCGGCCGAUCAGCAACUUUGAACUGGGGAUGACAACUGGCCCCACGUUCAGAAAGAUGGCCAGCAGGUUGAGGACGGCCUCGGACGUGGUCAAGGCGUCAGAAUCGGGGGGAUUGUCUCGGGUGGGAGGGCCCAGCAAGGUGCGGGAGGAGGUGCUCAACUAUGGCUUGACUGCGUCCAGCGAGUUGCCCGUGUCGAUUGGCAGAGACCCUGGGCACAGCGGCGGCAAUGAAGGGCUGGUGCUAGACGACAUCUACACAGAGACGAGGCCUGGUGGCACAGGGGCUGCAGAUGGGGCCCAGGAGAACAGCGGGGAUGGGCCAGUGGACCCCCCCCACACUUAG